GGAACUUUUAGUGCUGUAAAAAAUCGGCGAUAAAGAAUGUUUAAGAAAUUUGAUGAAAAAGAGAGUGUUUCAGGCACUACACAGCUCAAAAGUUCGGUCCAAAAGGCAAUUAGAAGUAAACUGAUUGAGACAUAUCCACAUAUUGAGGAUUACAUUGAAGGCAUUCUCCCAAAAAAGGAUCUCUUUAAAAUAGUAAAAUGCCAUGAUCAUGUAGAGUUGCUGAUUAAUUCUGCUGGUGAGCAGUUGUUCUUUAGAAGCAGAGAAGGAAAUUGGAUGCCAACAUUAAGGCUAUAUCACAAGUUUCCUGUAUUUCUGCCAAAGCAACAAGUUGAUAAAGGAGCUAUUCGUUUCGUACUUAGCGGUGCUAAUAUAAUGUGUCCUGGAUUAACAUCAAAAGGAGCAUUUAUGACUCCUGUGGAAAAAGGAACUGCUGUUGCAAUUAUGGCUGAAGGAAAAGAAAACUGCUUGGCAAUCGGAAUCACUACUUUAUCCACUGCUGACAUAGCCAAAGUCAACAAAGGAAUCGGCGUAGAAAAUUGUCACUAUCUCAAUGACGGAUUAUGGAAUAUGAAACCUGUAAAAUAAGUUUGAACUUGUAACAUGUAAAACAUAAAUUUUUGAAAUUA